GGGAAGGGGGGAGCGGGUAUGUUGUUGAAGUAGGAUAGUAAGUUUUUUGGGCAGCUUGGGGGCGAUGGACAUCCGCUCCAGCUGUGUUUAGGAAUCUGACAGAUAGUGCACUCCAUUAAUUCCCUUUAUUAAGCCUCUGGGCCCAGGCCAAGCCAGGGAAAACGAUUGCAGCUGUAACCCUUCACAUGCUGGCUGGACCGCGCACUCUUGGCCAGAUGUCGCCCUGGAUGUUGAUGCUGCAGGACUCGGACCAGGAGAGUUCAACACCAAGAUCCUUGCAACUGCAGAACAAUGAGAGGGUUUACAGUCAAAAACUACAGCUCUACCAGGAGGCCCAGCAGAGACAAGCCCUACUUGUUCAGAAGUUGCAGACCAAGGUUCUACAGUACAAGAGGAGAAGUGGGGAGCUGGAAGAGCAAGUGCUAGAGAAGACUUCAGAGUCUGAGAAGAUGAGGUUGUUGCUUCAGGCCCACCUGGACUCAGCCCAGCGUCACCAGCGGACAGAGCAGGAUCUCACGACUGCGAUCCAGAAUAAAUGUGCACAGCUGGAGGAGGAGAAGAAGAGGUGUACCAGCCUCAGCCAAGUGAACUCUGUGCUGCGGGAACAACUGGAGCAUGCAGGCGCUUCCAACCAGGGGCUGACAGAGAGCUUGCGGAAGGCCCGCGAAGAUGCUGAGUUGCGUGAUACUCGUCUGCGGAGAGAGCAAGAGACAUGUGCCUCCCGCUUGAGUCGUGAACAGGCUCGUGUCCGAGUGCUGUGGCGCCAGGCCUCCUCCCUGCAGAGCACUUUCACCCAGCUCAGGACUUUCACUGACAGGUCUCUGUCUGAUAUGCGCGGGGAGUGUGCCGCUGCCGGCCAGCAGUUGCAUGUUGCCUGUGUGAACCUAGAGGCCAGAGUAACACAGGUGAACACCUCUGGGGGUGUGGAAAUGCCAGAACUGGAGAGGCAGCUGAAGGACAAGCUGAAAGAGGCCAUGCAGCUCCAGGGCCGAUGGGAUGCAGAGAAAGUUGAUCUUAACUCCAGAACCCUGGAGCUGUCCGACACUGUGAAGCACCUCCGGAGCCAGAACAGCGAGAAGGAUGCCAGCCUCACGACCAUGCAGAUCAGUCUGGACAGGAUGGAGACGAGGAGAACGGAGGAUAAGGCAGAGAUGGAGGCCCUCCGCACUGAGAUCCAAGACCUCCAAAAGAUAUUAUGUCAUGUUCACCAGUUGGUUGGCGGAGAAGGAGAUGGUGGCUUUGAAAGUGUCUCCUCGCCUCUGCACGGCCGCUCUCCUCUGAGAAACACCACUAUGAUGGCCGUGCAGACUGCUCUCUCCAAGCACCAGAAACAAACACAGGACCUGCAUGGGUGUCUAGAUGCUGCCCUGGAGCAAGUGGACACUCUGCGUCAUCACCUGCAGGAGAGGGAGAUCGAGAGGAGAGAGCUGGAGCAGAAGAUCCAGGAAGUAGGAAGAGAAAUGCAGGAGGCUAAAAAGGCCUCAGAGGAAAGCCUCAGAGAGAGCAACAGAUAUUGCCGCUCACUGGAGCUCAUCUCAAGUGAGAAGGCCAGUCUUGAGAAGCUGCUUGCAGGGCUGCAGCAGGAGGUGGACUCCCAGCGUGCUGAGCUGGAGGCACUUCGGGGAAUGUCACUGGAGCUCCAGAGACAGCGGGACUCCCUGAGGCAGCAGAGGGAGGAUCUGGAGAUGCAGCUAACACGCCAGCGCACAGAGGCCCAGAGAGGCAAUAGGAGCCUCGAGGAGCUUGAAGGGAAACAUUCUUAUCUACGAAGGGAGCUUGUGACUGUGAAGGAGAGCCUGAAUCAAAUCACACUGCAGAAGGAGGUGUUGGAAGACGAUAAGGCCAGCCUCGCUCUGGCUCUCACCAAGAUGGAGUCCCAGAGUGCUGCACAGGAGGUAGCCCUCACCAAACUGCAGAAUCAGGAGGCUGCACUGAAAGAUUCUCUGUCCAAAAUGGCUGCCCUUAGUGAAGGCUUAGCCAAAGACAAGGUGGACCUCAAUCGUAUUCUGCUACAGACAGAAGGUGAGAAGGCCAAGCUCGAUGAGCGCAGGCGAGAAGCUGAAGCGGAUCGCACAGUGGCCAGGGAGGAGACAGCACGGGUACAACAGGAGAUAAUGAAUCUGCUCGCUGAGAAACAAGCCCUGGAGAGCUCCCAUAGUCACUUGGAGAAUCACUGCCAGAAGCUACAAGCAGAGCUGAGGCUGCUGCAGAGGGAGAAAGCUCAGGCCCUGGAGCAGCACUCCCAGGUCAACAGGCAGAUGCAGGCUGUGUCAGAGGAGCUGUGUGCGUGCAGGAAGGAGCUGGAGACACAGACCACAGCCCUAAAGAGAGCUACCCAUGACAGGGAGGAGCUGGCCAAGGAUAAGGCUGCUCUGGAUGUCAGGCUAAACACCGCUGACCGAAAGGCCUGUGGUCUUACGCAGGAACUGGUUGCACUUAGAGCUGAGAAGGAGUCCCUGGAGACGUCUCUGUUUGAGAGCCAGGAGCUUGCCUCGUCUCUGGAGGCUGAGUACACCAGGAUGGAGGGGGAGCGGCACGGUUUGCUCCUGGCUAACGAGGCCUUGACGCGUGAUGCUGCUCGAAUGCGUGUCGAUGCCGAACACAAUUUGGCACAAGCUGCACAAGAGCGAAGUAAGUCGGAGGAAAAGUUUGCUCAGGUGGAGAGGAAUGCCCAGAUGACCGUGAGCAAUAAAGAACAAAUCCACAGAGAGCAGCUUGAGGCUGAACGUCGGCAAAAGGAGCAGCGGUGUGCAGAGCUGAUGCUGCAGCGGGAGCAGGCUGAGGAGCAGCUGCGUCGACAGCGUGAGGAGCUGCGUGUGCACAACCAGCAGGAGCUACAGCAGGUGCAAGAGGAGCAGGCCAGGCUGCAGCAGGCCUUCAACCAAAGCCUCCUGCAGGCUGAGAGUGAGAAGCAGCAGGCAUUGUCCCAGAAGGAGGCAGAGAAGGCUGCCCUCCUAGAGAAGCUUGCAACCCUGCAGCAGGACUUGGCCACAGCCGACAUGGAGCUGGAGCACACGAAGAGGGAGGCAAACAGCAAACAUGAGCAGGAUAAGAAUGCGAUGUCUGUCCUUCAGUCUGAGCUGAAGGACCUGCGGACUCAGUUUGAGGAGUCAUUGAAUUCCCAUGAGAAUGGAAAGAAGAGUCUCACUGAGCAGGUCAGAGAGCUGAGCCAACAGAGCGAGCAUGCACAGCAGGAGUUAGAAGGCCUUCGUCGGCAGCUGCAGGAAGCUGAGGACGGACUUAUUAAAGGGCGGAAGGAGCUGAUUGAGGCCCACAGAGGGCUCCAGGAGUGUGCACAGGAGCGGGACAAGCAACGGAAAGAAGUGCUGGACCUGAGAAGACUCCUGGGUGAUGAGACCAGAGAGAAAGAGGCCCUCCAAGCCUCCAACCAGGAGCUCAGAGCUUUCAUUAAGCGAGCUGAGAGUGACAACAACAGCCUGAGACGAUCUGUGGAAGAAAGAGAGCAGAAAGUGGCUGUCUUAGAGGAAUGUAGGAGCUCGAUGGACCAAGAGGCAACCACUUUACGGAGCAGCAUGAGGGAACUGGAGAAGUCUCGCCUGCAGGCACGCAGAGAAUUGCAGGAGCUGCGCAGACAGGUAAAGAUCCUUGAUGGUGAGAACAGCCGGCAGAAACAGGAGCUGCUGGAGCUGCAGGCCCGGGUAUGUCAGGAGGAGCAGAAGGAGGAGGAGGCGCGUCGCGAGGUUUUCAAUCUUAAGCAGAGAGUGCUGGAGUGUGAGGCCGGCAGAGAGGCAGCGCUGAAUGAGUUUACAGGUCUGCAGCGUCGUUUGGUGGAAAUGGAGACCGUAGAGCUGGAGAGCCGAGAGCUGCUGCAGGAAAAAGAGGCUCAUCAGCAGCACAGUAACAAGCAGCACAAAAAUACCUCUGCCCUGCUGGAGGAAGCGCUAGAGGACGCCAAGGUCCAGGUCCAGCAACUCUGUGCUCAGGUCGGCCUUGCCGAAAGUAAAGUUCAGGGCCUGGAAGAACAGCGCCGGCUGGGUGAUGCUAAACGCAAGGACCUGGAGCUCAGGCUGGCAGGGUUGUAUUCUGCUUUGCGCCGCACAGUUGGCAUCAGGCACACUAGGAUUUCAAACACACCUGGGUCACGUAGACGGUCUCCCUCUCCUUGGAGACGCCACGUGCACAUUAGAGGUGGGGAGAGUGUGACAGACGGAUCUGUGUUGUCCUUGUCUUGUGAUGAAGAUGAGGAACUUGACGUUGACAUGGUGCAUACAGCUCUACAGGAAAUCCAGCAGGAACUCAGGGAUGCACAAAGACACAGGGAUGAAGCCAAGGCUCAGGUAGUCAGUCUAAGUCAACAGGUGACACAGCUCAGAGACAGCCAGGAAAAGUCAGCCACUCAGGUCCAACUACUACAGAUGUCCCUGAAGCAAUCAGAGCAGGGAAAAAGGGAGAUGGGAGAACGAUUGCACGAGGCGCAUAUAUCUCUUUCCUUGCAGGAGGAAGCAGCAUGUCGCUCAGAGAGGGAGAAAAGAAGCUUUGAGGAGGAGGUAGCUCAACUCAGGGCCAGUGUGCAAGCCACUGUGGCUGAGUCCAGGGCACUGAAAGAUAAGUUGGAGCUCUUGCAGGGAUCAGAAACGCUUGCAAAGGCAGAGCAACGGAAGCUGAAGGAGUCUGCGGAAGCAGCAGAGAGCCGAGCCAGCCGCCUGGAGCUGUCUCAGCGAACACUUGAGGGAGAGCUACAGCGGGCCCAGCUCAGGGCGGCUGAGCUGGACGCGGAGGCUGGGUCACUGCAGGAGAGGCUGACGGAGCUGAGGAGAAAGCUCGGCGAGAGCGAGGACCGGUGUGCUGCGCUGAGGGUGAAUGAGGAGAGACUGACCACGUCACUGGGUCGAGCCGAACAGCACGAGAGCCAUCUGAGAGAGCAGCUCAACAAACUGUCAGAGACUCUCAGUGGCAACAGGAGCAACAGUGGAAACCUGCAGGAGCAGAUGAUGCAGCUGCAAAAGGCUCUGACUGCCAGUGAGCAUGACCGGAAGCUGCUGCAGGAACGUCUGGAUAAAACACGAGAUACCCUUUCAGAGAGCAAGAGGCUCAACCACACACUAACUGAACGGACCCAAAACCAAGAAAGAUCCCUAGAGGACCUGGAGCUUAAAAGUUCUGAGCUGGAGAAACAUAACAGAACCCUGAAGGAGAGCAUGAAAAAGCAGCAGAAGGCUGAACUUCAGGCCCAGGGCAGCUCGCAGCAGCUGCAGAGAGACAAGGAGGAACUUCUAGACAGGAUCACCAAUCUGCAAAGCUCUUUGCAAAAGCUGCAAAGUGAGAGAACAGAGACAGAGCGGGUGAUGACACGACUCGGGAAAGACAAGUCAGCUCUCAGAAAGUCACUGGAGAAGGUGGAGGUGGAGAAGCUGAGGAGGGAGGAGGAGGCCGCAUCAGCAGCCAGGGAGAAGGAGCACUUGGGGCAGACAGUCCGCAGCCUCAAGCAGGAGCUGGAUCAAAAACUGGAUGAACUGCAGACCCUGCAGGUCCAAAUCUCUCAGGUGGAGCACUCUCAUGCACAGCGCCUCCUGGAGGUGACCGCACGCUAUCACCAGGAGCUGGAUUUGGAUACAGACCGUCUAAGAGACAGUCAGUUCCAAGCAGAGCAAGCCUUGGAGUCAAGAGAGAAGGCUCAUCGCCUGAGGGUCAGAUGCCUGGAGGAGCAGGUGCUAACGCUCAAAGAGCAGCUGGAACAGGAGACGAGGAGACGGCUUGCCUAUUUCAGUCAGAUGCUUCCGCCUGGUGUGUAGGCUGAGACCCUGCGAUGAAGUAUGUAGCACCUCUGGCCUCCUCAUUCACUGCUUUUCUGGCAGCUUUCCCCAACAACGUUAUGUUACAAGCUGCGUCCACAUUUGGAAGCUCGCGCGCACACAAACACACUCCCAGGGCAUUUUCCUCCCACCCAUGCACAUGUUCACAGCGGAUUACAUUAAUCUGCAGGAAAACUCAACAACAACAAACAAUGAGUGUUUUGUUUAUAAGUGAACUGGACGUGCCAAAUUGUUUUAAGGAUUUCCUCUGGCUCGUUGCAGUUGGCGUUUCUAAGUCUGUUUAUGCUGUGUCAUUUUUGUUAAGGAAACAAUGUGAUGAAAGAUUUCCUUGGUUGGUGCUUUAUUCUUCUAUAAUAGUUUGUAUACACAUUUGUCAUAGUGAUUUUGUACAAAUUUUAAAUGUCACAAUCAUGUGCUUCCUAAUGAGAAUAUAUGUCUAAAUAUUUACAAAAUCCCCUCGUAGAUUUGAGCCGAUUUUCCUGGUGCUGUGAUUUGUAGUCUUAAGUGCUGUUGUAAAAAUUCUAUAGAGUCGGUCACUCAUCUUAUGUAUUGUGUAUUGUGAUUUACUUAAACAAUGUGUGGAACUUUUUCGGAUGUUUGUAAUAAAACUGGGUGCAUCAAAACACAAUUAUGCCAUUUUAGUUUUUCAAAAGAUCUUGAGAUGUGCCUCCAUGUGAUCAGCAAUGUUUAUUCUGCUGGCCACACAACUUUGCUGUGGAAAGAAAGUUUUUCUGGUGAAGGACAGCGCUGCCCUUUUCCUGGCAUGUGUGAGCCCUCGCUUUGGGUUCGCACCAUUAAAUCGCUUUGUGGAUUUAGUGUUGUGGGUGAGAGAAUGACCUUCGCUCUCUGUUGACAGUGCUGUCCUCAGGGUUUUCUCUCAGAGAUUGUUGCCGACUCAGAGUGUGUGUGUUUGGGAUCAGCGUCACUCAGUCCCUUUGUAAUCCUCCACAUCCCUUAAAUCCUGAACUAAUGUGGGCUCUUCUCUUCACUGAUAAGAAACCACAAAUAUGUUUUCAUGGCUGUGUAUUUUUAUCCAUGUGUGCGUUUGCUGUGUGUCUCUUUUCUCUCUUUUAUUUCAGUUUCUCCCCACACCAUACUUUCUGUA